AGUGAACACUCUGCUGUCUAUAAUUGCCGUUUAUCAUUAACCAAAAGCUUUAUGUAGAUAAUGUACUAGUUCAGGCGAUUUGAGCUGCUCAUGACAGCUGAGAGCUCGAUCAUGAUGGUUUCUCGUGGCUUAUAUGGGACCCUGUGGAUGUUGUCGUGUUUUGGUCAGUUUUUAAGUGAAGAUCUGCAGUUUUCUGAGCUGGCUAAUGGAGCAGUAGGAGGAAGUGUGGUGUUCGCUCCUGAUAACCUGCCCUCCACAUCAAUUGAUGCAAUUCAGUGGCAUUUUGGAACAAAUAUUAUAGUGACAGGACACCCUGAUUCAGCUGUAAUAGCCUCAGCAUACAGAGACAGAGUCAGUUUUGACAGAAACACUCUCGCUCUGGAGCUCCGGAACCUGAGACUGAAUGAUUCUGGAAAAUACAGUCUGACUCUAUUAACUACUGCUGGACAUCAACUUAGAGGAGAAACUUCACUACAAGUGUUCGAAAAUAUAACUAAUGUCAUGCUUACUGGUCCAGAAGAAUCAUUAAUCGAGAGAGAAUCAUCUGCUAACAUCAGCUCUGAGGGAACUGGCAGCAUCAGCUCUGUGCAGUGGAUGAAAGAUAACAGUCCUCUGUCUCCUAGCAACAGAAUCAGCUUCUCAUCUGAUAACAGAUCAGUGUCCAUCAGUCCAGUGCAGAGAUCAGACAGUGGAGAAUAUCAGUGUACAUAUAGAAACCCUGUCAGCUCUGAGACGACUAAACUCAGUCUGAUUAUCAACUAUGGACCAGAAGAUGUUUCUAUUAAGGGUCAGGAUGUGGUGGAUUUUGGGGUUCGAGUGUCGCUCUCUUGUUCUGCAAAUUCUGAACCUUCUGCCUCAUUCAGCUGGAAGUUUAAUGGAACAGACACUGAUGUGACCACAGACACAUUCACCAUAGAUCAGACUGACUUCACACACAGUGGAGAUUAUGAAUGCACAGCCUGGAAUAAUGUCACAAAGAGAAGCAUCUCACAAAAACACGUUUUACUAGUUAAAGUGGGUGGAGGAGGAGGAGGAGGAGGAGGAGGAGGAGGAGGGCUGUCAUCAGGGGCGAUAGCUGGGAUUGUUAUUGGGGUUUUAGUGGCAGUUGCAGGCAUCUGUGGUCUGAUUGUCUAUUUAACCAAAACUAAGAAAAUCUCAAAACCAAACCUUCGACAAAAUGGACCGGCAAGGGGAGCUGCACAAAGCAGACAGGAGACAGUAUCAAACCCUCCUCCUCUGCGCAGGUGAGGAAGUGAAGACACUGACAUCCACUGCACUGAGUCUUCCUGCAUAUUGCACAUCUCACAUGUUGUGUUAUUUCUUUAAUUUAGCUUUAUUUGACUGGAUGUUUUGUGUAAGUGAAAUGUAAAUCUUAUAUUAUGGUUUUGAAUUCAAGAUGGCUUGUUAGGCUGUGUAAUUUUUCGGUUUUCAAUAAAGGGAAGAUAGGGGAGGGUUUGCUUUAAUCUCUAUUGCUCAAUUUACCUUGAAUUUGUAUACAGUUUUCUAACAUUUAUCUCAUACAAACUGAUGUUGUUGCAAAAUCUACAACUUCUGAUAUCUCUCUAUUACAAAUAGAUAUCUCUGUUAUUACAACAUACCACCCACCGGUAUGAGUUUUAACAGUAGAUGUGGUGGUUUACAACGUAACAGAGUAAACAUCGAUAUUGUUUUACAUUUUGUAUAUGCAUUUAUUUAUUGUUAUUACAAUUAAAUUAAUUUGAAAAAAGAAAUACAAAAACUGUGGGCUUUCACAGUUGCCAAAUGUCACCUUAUAAAAAUUUUUGCAACCCAACUCAGAAAUGAGUUUUUGUUUUAAUAUUUAGGUGGAAAAAUUUAGAAAAUAUUAUACAUCCAAUUAAACAAAAAUCUGCCGAUCAAUUCUGUCAAUUAAACCUUAUUGUAAACUGAAUAAUAAACCAAAAGUAAAGUGUUGAUUUUUCUAUCUCAAAUGUGUUUUUUUUUGUCCUAUAAAUCCUUUAUAUUUUUACACAGAGACAACUUGCAACCACUACUGUCACCUCAAGAGGAUGGUGGUCAUUUAUGAUUUCAUCCCUGUACGUAAUUUCUAGAUGGUUAACAUAAAUGUAUCGCAGCCUGUUUUAGAAAUAUUCCUUUAUUUCCACAUAUUUCCGCAUGUGUUAUUGCAUAUUGCUGAAACAUUUUAUCAUCACUUAAAAGUUCACUGUUUCCACCAUAUGCCCCACCAGAACCUUUUAAUUAUAACUUGUGUUUCACACUGGAUAAUGUACCAGAAACUGUCACAAAUGUUCACAGGGCCUGCGGUCUGAUAAUGUGUAGAAAAUGAUCUUAUCUGAGCAGUCCAUACACUUCCUUUAAAUGUUUGAUUUUAACUGUAACAGUUCAUUCUGAUCUUAUUUGUAAAUGAGUUUUCCAAAUAAUGCUUUAUAUUUAUAGGCUAAUAUUUAGCUACUGUUGAUCACAUGCAUCAAACAGUUUCUCAGAAAUCAUCAGACACAUCCUCGUUCUGUCUUUUCUCAUACUGGGCAAAUAAAAAGUUUGCAAUAGUGGGUAAUAAAAACAAAGGCCAUUAACAGUUAACCUUUAGACCUGAACUCUGUCACGCAGGAAAAAGACAUGAGGAAGCAGCAUUUUCUUCUGGUCGUAAACCGUUAGUUUUGGUAAACAAAUUUACAUGGCUUUUAUUUCUUAACUAUAUUGUUCAUUAUCGUUUACAAAGAAGGUGAUGUAACAAUACUG